AUGCAUGUCUACUUUUACAGGAUUCACUGGACUGCCUCGGACUUUAGCCAAAAAGGGAGCGAGAACCUUUCCACACGCAACGACCCACCUGUUCCUAGGCAAGUGACAUUAAGCUCACUAGUCAUGAUAAUCACGAGCCCGACACAGCCGCAGUACUCAACUGUCCAAUCGGAACGGAUCUUCCUGACCAGUCGCCUAACGAGUCAGAUCGCGGCCUCUGAGGACACCACGGCCGCGACCGACCUCACCUACCGGCAGAUGAAUGCGACUUCAACGGCUGGAAUGCCAGAGUCGUCGGUGAAGAUUACGGUUGCGGACACAGCUACCGACAGCACCAGCACGGCCAGAACGGCUCCGCCAAGACCGAUCCUGGAUCCUCAGACCCUUCUGUGCACGUACGGAACACGAACGAACCAGAGUACGCUGUUUCCCGACGACGGCCUGUGCGACCUGAUCUUCUUCGACUCGGUCUACAAGGAGAACCAGAACUCCCUGUGGGCCACCGCAAUUUUCAGCGGCAACCUGCGCAAAAUGCUGGACGUGACCUCGAACUAUCGGUCGACCGAGUUUGGCGUAGCUUUUGCGUACCAGUAA